AUGACCACAACGUCAUCCGCUGCAUUUCAGGCCUCAUUGUUUAUUACCAGCUUCUCGUCCACUUUUGAAGUCAUUGUCGAGUGUUCGAUUGGUUUUCUUCUAACCAAAAUGAAAAUCAUUACAGCAGAACACAUCAGGUUUCUAUCAAAGAUUUGGUUCAAUUUAUUUAUUCCUACAUUAUUCUUCAAAGAUAUGGCGACAUCAUUUUCAUUGGAUUUACUGCAAAAACUUUAUAUGAUUUUAAUAUUUGGAGCCAUUAAUCAAGUGUUGGCUGUCAUUGUUGGUAAAUUAGUGUUUAAUAAUUUCACAUUUAAAUGCAUUGUGGGACCUUUUCGAUGGAUGGCCACCAAGUUAUUGAAUGUGUUUGGAAAGCGUUCUCAAUUUUUGGAGAAUAUGGACAAGAUGAGUAAGACUGAACAGGACAUUUAUUUUGUGAGCUUGUUUUGUCAUAACUCGGUGUCUCUACCCUUAAUUUAUUUAUCAGCUCUGUGCUAUCUGUCUACUACGAAUCCUAUUGAAAAAGCAGAGAAUGAAGCUAGUGUUGUAACAAAUGGUUAUCAAACCUCUUGGUUAUAUCCAAUGAACGCCAAUGAUACUCUUGUCGAUAAUACACCUGCAUUUUACAAAAUACCAUACGCUGAGGCAUAUAAAAGCUCUAUUACAGCCAUUUCUAUUUUCAUUGUACCUGUGGAGAUUGCUUUUUACACACUAGGAACAUACAUUUACAGAAAAGGAUCAGAGCAGCAACAAGAAGUGAUCGUACGAUUACAAACAGAUCCUGGAUCUUCUCAAGAGUCGUUGGAGGCUCCUCCACACACAGCAAGAAGUUUAGAAAGUUUAGAAAAUCAACACAUUGUAACAAAUAUUACCAAAUUGCACGAAGGAAAUGAAACCAUUCUCCCCUACGAGCCUUCUUCAAGUAAUUUGCAAGAAGACGAACUUUCCUUUAAAAAGUACGAAGAACGACAUAUUCUAACCUCAUCCGAGUCCAAUUUACUUCCCAACACUUUAGAAGAAUUGGAAAUGACACCCAUUCAGGAAAAUCAUCUCAGCACAGAGUCAUCACCUAUUGAAAGUACACUUCCAACACAGGUCAUCUCACAACAAGUGCAACCAUCUCCACGCAUCUCACGAACGAGUAAGAUGAAGCAAAUGGCAAAGAAUUUUGGACUUUUCAUGCUUCAUAACAUUAUUUUGAAUCCUCCAUUGGCUGCCAUAUUUCUUGCCUUAAUGAUCUCUGUGGUGAGUACGGACUUGAAAAAUUUCCUCAUUGUGAACCCUCCUCCAUUUGUGUCCACCAUCAAACACUUGUGUGAAGUUUUUGGACAGGCCGUGGCACCAGUUUCUCUCAUUAUUCUUGGAUCGAAUAUUGCAAUUCAGGCAACACCACACAAUCAUGAUCCAUUACAAUUAUUGGAAGAUUCAAAGAAACACGACGAUGACACAAGUCAUUCCUCCCAAAUAAUAGAGCCCACACAUGAAUCAUUGUCGACUCGUUACACCCCUAUUCGAAUGGCACUUUUAAAUGGUGUUGCGAAAGUGAAACACGUUUUUUUGGCAGCUAUCAUUCAUGUAUGGAACAUUUUGAAAAUUAAGAAACUGAAUCCGACCGCUUUGCUAUUUGCCAUCACGAUCAAAAUGGUUAUUUUUCCACUGAUUGGUGUUGCCUUAAUGUUUGCUUCGAGAGCUCUCUUCCCAUCAGGCUUUUCGAAUAUUACUGAUCCUCUCUUCUUUUUGGUGAUUUUGAUUCAAUUCUCAACUCCUCCUGCCAUUGCUAUCACUGCUCUCAGUGCCGUGAAUUCGAAUUAUGGACAGCAUGAAACAUGUGUAUUGAGUGCUACUGAUUUUCAUUAUGGGCAAUGGGGAAGCUGGCUACUGAAUGUGCUAAAUUACCCUGUAACUUUUUCAAUGGAUAUCAUGCCUUUUAUGGGAUCUUUAGUGCUCACGUGCUUUGUUAUUUUUCUAAUGUUAUUGCUCAUCACAAUCUAUGUAUUGAGUUGGAGAGGUGCACGUACUUCAUCCCGAUAUAUCAAAAUUUAUCAACAAGUGAUAUUCGUCAAAUCCUUUCUUGCUAUUCUAUUGACUGGCCCUAGUACCUUUGUAAUGACAUCGUUUAUUGAUUGCAGCUAUGGAUCCCUACCGGUUCGGACACGAGAAGUAAUACUUGGAUUGAGCAAUAGCUCAAAUAGUACCCUCAUACAAUCGCAAUCUUCGAUGAACUUGCUAAACCGUUAUCCCGAUUAUGAAUGCUUUGGAACUCAAAACAUGGCCUUGUACAUACUGGUGAUUAUUUUUACUUGUGCUUACGUACUUUUAGCGACCCUUGCUACCUUUGUGGUCCCUAACUCGCAUCCACGCAACUCUACUCCCAUGAUUUUUGAUAGUUUGCUAUUCCAGCCACUAAUUAUCGUUGGAAACAUUAUUUCUAUUCUCUUUCAUUAUUUGAUACCUCCUGAAUUUGCCUAUGCUCGCUCUAUUAUUCAUACAGUUGUUUCUAUUUGUACCAUAGUAUUUGUUUUCAAAAGUGUGCCAAUGAUGAGGAGAUUUGAAAAUACUAUUGUGAGCGGUGUUGUGUUCGCUCGUUUAGGUACCAGCAUUGGAGGUCUCAUAUCGUUUUUCGUAAACCCAACCAAUGAGAAAGAUUUGGGAAUUGGAAUGUCAAUGAUGACUAUUGGAAUGGUUGUUUUGUUUUCCUUAAUUGGUGCUCUAUCAAUGGAACUAUACACAAGAUUUGUUAUAAACUUUGUUCGAAAGAAGUAUAUGAUUUUACAUGAGGGUAGUUCUGGCACUGUUGAAAAAGAAGCCUCCGCUCUAUAUUCCCAAGUGCAAGAAGAUCACAAUUUUAAAAAGUUAACCUUAUUUAUCAAGUUUACCAUGUCUAGAGUGGGAGCCAAGUUGGAUGAUGAGGACCAUGAUUUAGCGCAGUGCAUUGCGUUUGUUAGAUCGGCAUCAUCUUCAAAGACAUUUACAGAUUUUAACUUGAUUAUUCUCUCAUCGCUUUUGAUUGCUUAUGUGUUGCAUGGUGAUCCCAAUGCCCAUGUUUUUGCUCAAGCAUUGCUUAAGAGAGCAAUGAAACGUAGACCCAACAUUUAUAAUAGAUAUAUAAUUGGGCAAAAGCUAAAAGAAAUUGAGGUUUUCAUAUCUGAUGAGACUAAAACAUCUGGAAACACGAUUGAAUUGAAAACUGUGCUUGCCAAGAUUCAAAAAUCAAUGCUUGAACUAACUGCUCUGCAUCGUCAUUUUUGGAAGGAGAUGACCAGUGAAGUAAUUGAUAUGAUCAAGGUUGAAAAAAUUAUUAUUCGCUGCGCCUCAUUGACUGGAGAAUGUGACAAAAUUUUCAGUCACCUGUUGGCCAUGAAUUACAACGAUAAGACAGUGCUACGUCAAUAUGCCCAAUAUGUUGAAGCUUUCAAAUUCAAUAAGGAACUAGCAAAUGAGUAUUAUAUUGAAGCUUCUAGCUUGGAGGAAGAUGAAUCCUUGCACCGAAGAUCCAUGUACAAGAACAGCAAGAAAAACAAAAACAGAGUUCAUCCAGAUACUUCAGAAGAUAUGAAUCCGCAUUCAGCGGAAGAAAAAAAGAUCAAAUCUUUUACUUCUUUAUUUAGUAGCUCAAAAGAUAUCAAUGAGGACGGUGGGCACACAAGUGAACGCGAGUCAUUAGACAACUUUAACGGAAUAGAAAGUGCUACAAAUGAAGCCAAGAGAGAAAUGGUUUUUAGAAGUUCUCUAAGCGUUCCUCAAAGUAGAUUUGUUCAACUUGCAAUCUAUGUCUUAUACAUGCUAUUGGCUUUGUCAUUGCUGGUUGCAGGAGUGGCUUUAUCAUAUAAUUUCUCAAUGCAGGUUACAAGAAAUGUUGUUCAUGUGAUUGAUGUUUGUAGUCCUAUUUACGUACCAACCAAUAUUCUUGUUGGACUACGAGGGUAUCAAAUAUUUUCCAAAACUGGCUUGAAUACCACAAUGUCCCAGGAUGUAGUGAAAUCGCCAGUAACUGAGCUGUUUACGAACUCCAUGCUCAAUAAGAAAAUGAUUCAAGAAGCUCAACAAGUUUUGGUGACACUACAACAACAAGCAUAUAACGCAGAAUUUGAGUAUAUUAUUUAUUCGUAUUACCAUGAGACCUAUUACAAUGUGAUACUUCCAAAAAUUGGUAGCAUUAAUGAAAAAUUUUAUAAUAUUAGCUCAAUUGAAAAUGCAACUAUCACAGAUAUUAAUAACCUAUUAAUUGAACUUACCGACAAAAUAUUGACGAGCGAGGAAGGAAUGAUGUUAGAAACAUUUUCAAGUUACGCAUUCAUGGUCAUGUACAGAAAUCAACAAACAUUUACACGUGCCUACGCUAACUUUUGCCGUGCGUUUAUAGAUCAUGCAAUGGCGAACGCUCAACAAGUUAAUAGCAUGUUCACUAUUUACACGGCAGUAUCACUGUCACUAUUUUUUGUGUUCAGUCUACUUUAUUUAGUUUACGAGAGACAUGAUCUAACAAUAUUAUAUAAGCAGGUGAAGCUUUUACACUCCAAUGUUUCCAAGAAUGAGAUUGGGAAAACAUUUCAAACUCUUAGUAAGAAGGUUGGCGACGAAGUUUCAAUUCAUAUCUCAAAGAAUGCCCUUUUCAAACCUCAAAAUUUUUUUAUACUUGUUUCAGCAUUAUUGACUGCCAUUGUCAUGAUUUGCUGUGGCAUGUUUUUACAAACCGCUUUGAGAAAUUCCACCUACUCUUUCGAGAGUUACGUCACUAUGCAAGAUGGAUUUGAUGCGAUGACACAUUUACAAGAUGCUGUGUUUUCAAUAGUGGAGACAUACAUCCAUGUUGGGACAUCUAUUGAUAAAUUACCACUUCUGUCUCAAACUGAGCUAUCGAAGAUAAAGUCAAAUUUUGAUAAGGUAAUUUACAAUGUAAGAUACUUUUGGAACUUGUGCAUGUUUGGAAGCUCUAUCAAGCCAUACGAAACUCUAGUUCUUGGAAUGUUUCCUUCCACGGAUAAGAUGAUUAGGGGAGACCUUAAUUGUACGCUUGAGCAAACAAGGGCAUCCCUUAAUAACGAUACAUCAUGUGAGAUUGGAAUUGAUUACAUGAUGACAGACCUGAUAACUAAAGGAAGGCAAGUAAUGGAAGAUGUUACCAUGGAAAAAAAGGCUAUACACGACGAUGCUAUUUUGGUGUUCAACGUUGGAACUCUGUUGACUCUUAUUUCCAAGAAAUUAGUGAGCUUCUCUAAUGUAUUUGCACAAGAAUCUUCCAAUCCUCUUAUUGAUCAAUUAAUUGCGUUUGCAAUCAUUGGAUUUUUAACUUUAAUACUUUUAGGAAUAUUAAUGUUUCAAGCUCUUUCUAGCCACUCCAAAACAACAUUUGCUCUGAGGACUAUGUUCAAUUAUGUAAGCAUUGAAACUGUAGAAUCCAAUGAUAAGUUGAAGAAUUUUGUCCUAUAUCAUUCAGUUGGUGAGGGCUUUUCGUUUUCCAAACUCUUUCAGAAUUCUACAUCCAGUUCAGAACGAGAAGAUGCAAAACUCCUGUCCAUUAUCAACGGAGCAGUUGAUGGCGUGAUAUUGUGUAAUAAUUCACUUGGCAUUGAUGUUUUCAACGCAGCUGCCCAAAGAAUGUUUGGAUAUCAGCAACAAGAUGUUGUUGGCAAUUCUCUAAUAUCCUUAUUUGCAAAAGAAAAGCAAGAGGAAAUUAAGAAAAUGAUUGAAUCAAUGAAAAGCGUGGUCACAGAAAGAGAUCCGAAAGGAGAAACGGCGGAAAUCGAUUGUGUAAGAAAAAAUCAAUCAACCUUCCCAGGAAAGAUGAGCGUAUUCGUGACUGUAUUCCAAAAGAAGCAUGUCAUUACAGCAUUUAUCAAGGACAUUACGUCAGAAAAAAAACAUAAUGCCUUACUUGCCGAAGAAAAAAAGAAUUCAGAAAAUUUAUUAUUGAACAUUUUACCAGCCGCUGUUGCGAGUCAGCUGAAAUCAGGUGCUUCCUUAAUAGCAGAAAAAUUCCCAGAUGUCACCUGUUUCUUUAGUGAUAUGGUAAGCUUUACCAGCAUUUCUUCAAAACUGACACCAACAGAGCUGGUCAUGAUGCUGAAUACAAUAGUUAUUGGAUUUGAUGACUUGACUGACAAGUAUCACCUCGAAAAAGUGAAGACCAUUGGAGAUGCUUACUUUUGUGCGGGAGGACUUCAUAGCGAUGGAGGUCAAUCUGACAGUCCUGAACGUAUGCUUCGGUUUGCCAUGGAAACAUUUUCUGUUAUCCGAAGCUAUAACGCUACAUUUAGGAGAAAUAAUUUGGACGAGCAAGUGAAUAUUAGAGUUGGUAUUAACACAGGUGCCAUCGUUGCUGGUGUGAUUGGACGUAAAAAGUUUGCCUACGACAUGUGGGGAGACACCAUUAAUGUUGCAUCAAGAAUGGAGUCAACAUCUAAACCUGGUCGAAUACAAAUUUCAAGAAGCUCUUAUGAGAGAGUAUAUGAUUUAGGUUUCUCGUUUGAGGAGCGCAAACUGGAAGUGAAAGGAAAAGGUUUAACGCAAACAUAUAUGCUUAACGCUAAACAUCAUGAAUCUGCAGUUCUCACUAAUGAAGAAAUGCUUGAAUUAAUUGAACAUCAGGAGACUUCCAAUGCAGGUAGUACUUCGAAACUGUCUGCGGUAAAUGUGGUGCAUCCUCAAGUUGAAAAUGCAACAAUCAAUUAA